AACUUUGGGUCUUGGAUUGUAACACCACCUGUGGAGAAAAUGGUAUGCGAGGGAAAACGAUCAGCCUCUUGCCCUUGUUUCUUCCUCCUGACCGCCAAGUUCUACUGGAUCCUCACGAUGAUGCAAAGAACUCACAGCCAGGAGUAUGCCCAUUCCAUACGAGUGGAUGGGGACAUCAUUCUGGGGGGGCUCUUCCCAGUCCAUGCAAAGGGAGAGAGAGGAGUGCCUUGUGGGGAGCUGAAGAAGGAGAAGGGGAUCCACAGACUGGAGGCCAUGCUUUAUGCAAUCGACCAGAUUAAUAAAGACCCUGAUCUCCUCUCCAAUAUCACUCUGGGUGUCCGGAUCCUUGACACGUGCUCAAGGGACACCUAUGCUUUGGAGCAGUCACUAACGUUCGUGCAGGCCUUGAUAGAGAAAGACGCUUCUGAUGUGAAGUGUGCGAAUGGAGAUCCACCCAUUUUCACCAAGCCCGACAAGAUUUCUGGUGUCAUAGGUGCUGCAGCCAGCUCUGUGUCCAUCAUGGUUGCUAACAUUUUAAGACUUUUUAAGGUAGGUAAAGGCAUUGUCUUUCUGACCAUUGUGAAAAGGCAAUAA